AUGUGUCUUAAAAGCAUCGAUGUGUUACUGAUUGACAUUGCUGUGGACUUUGAUGUCCUGUUGGAUGGCGCCGAGCCGUAUUAUCUGCUCCACGCCAACCUUGGAGACAAUGUGACUUUGCUGUGUUUCUCCCAGACCGUUGCCACCUAUUUGUCCUGGUACAAGCAGAUUCCAGGGGAGCAACCUCGACUCAUAUCCACCUACUACAAAUCUGACCCCAACUCCAACACAUUUCACGAUGAAUUCCACAAUGAAUUCCAAAAUAAAUGGCUAUCAGUGUCAACAGGAGCUGGGUCCUACCACCUGAAGAUUUCCAACACCAAGGACUCUGAUUCAGCCGCGUACUACUGCGCACAAACUAUUAUUUGUCAGACUCAGUUCAUCAAUGGAACACUUCUAAUUCAAAAGGAGUCCAACAUCAAGUCUUUCCUGCAACAGCCCGAUGCCGGAACGUACUACUGUGCCGUGGCUUCAUAUGGGAUGAUAGUGUUUGGCCAAGGAACAAAGGUGGAUGUUACAGGGCUACAACCCACUCCAAGGUCACCAGAAUACACUAGAGACAAUCAGGGCACAGACUCUGAUACCUUGCAGUAUGCAGCACUGGAAUUCAAAACAAAAAGUAAGUUCAAGAGAGCGACAAGGUCAGAAAAGGACUCAGUCUACUCUGGAGUGAGACUGUAA